AUGAGUACAAAUGUGUAUGAGUAUGAAAGCUUUUCUUGCCAAAGCCUACCUGGGAGCAUUAACAAUGCAGAUAAGUUGAUUGAAGAAUCCAAUAGCACUAGUGAUAAUGAAACUUCUAGAAAAGAGAAAAAUAGUUCAUCUAGUCAGUCUUGGUUCAAAACUUGGCCAGACCGCUAUGAUAAGUUGAGGAGUACAGAUACUACUCCACUACACUCUCCAAAUGAAGACAAAACUCAAUUAGAAUCAAAAUGUAAUUCCAGUGAGACUGAAACUCCUAAAACUACAUUUACUCUACAGGAAGCAUUGCAGAACAUAUCAUUAGCUUAUAGUCCUGUAACUAAGCAGUUACAUUUUAUUGAAACAACACCUGAUCAUCCAAAUGAAAAACAUAUUCCUAAUGAGGAGACAAUAAAAAUUGAGGAAAUCAAUGCUAAAAAAUUUGGACACAGAAGGAUUGAAGCAGGCUCAUUUUCUAGUACAGUUUCUACCUUGAGUGGCAUAAGUGAUGCAUCAACAUCUGGAAGUCUUAUAGGUUCUGAAGAUAGGCAUGUUUUUUCAUGGAGAGGAGUGUCCACUGAAUCUAACAACUUCGGCAAUAAUGUUUGGAAAAUGUUUGGCAAACAAACAUAUGAAAGUGUACCUGCAGCCUCAAUUAAUGGAGUAGCCAGUUCAUCAGCACUGAUACAACAUAAAAGGCAUUCAAACAAGAAAACUUAUGAUCUGUGGUGGCACGGUCUUCCAUCCAGUGUGCGUGGAAAAGUAUGGAAGCUUGCUAUCGGCAAUGAUUUGAAUCUCACUCAGCAGCUUUACGAGAUCUGUUUAUGCCGUGCACAAAACAGGCUAAAUAGCUUGGAGCCCCCUCAGAAUGAGCACGGAAUUGAUCAGGAGAGUAGCUUGGAUGUUAUAAGACUGGAUAUAUCUAGGACAUUCCCGCAGUUAUGUAUAUUUCAGGAAGGCGGGCCUUACUCUGAGGCACUGCAUUCAUUGUUGGCUGCUUAUGUGUGUUAUAGACCUGAUGUUGGGUACGUCCAAGGAAUGUCGUAUAUAGCUGCCAUUUUGAUUCUCAAUAUGGAGCCCUACGAAGCCUUCAUUUGUUUCUCUAAUAUGCUCAACCAACCCCUCCACCUAUCUGCUUUCACACUCAACCAAGCCCAAAUGCAAGCAUAUUAUAAUGCCUACAAUCAAGUUUUCUGUCACAAUCUUCCAAAAUUGCAUUCUCAUUUUGAGAAAUCUGGACUCACGCCAGAUUUAUAUCUUUUGGAUUGGAUUUACACGAUUUUUGCCAAGGCAAUGCCGUUAGAUAUUGCUUGUAGGGUUUGGGAUGUUUUUUUGAGAGACGGUCAGGAGUUCAUCUUCAGGACUGCAUUGGGAAUCUUACAUUUACAUCGACAUAAUUUGAUGGACAUGGACUUUUUACAUGGAGCACAAUUCCUUACUAAAUUACCAGAAGAUAUUUCUUCUGAUCAGCUAUUCAGAAGUAUACAGCUAGUUAGUACUACUAUAGGAAAACAAACAUUUACGCAAAUUGUGGAGAAAUGUGUGGUCUCGCUGUCCGAAUCUUAUAGUUAG